GGUGCCUUCUGGGGGCGGUAGUGAACACACAGCGCGGUCGUUUCCGGUUCCCGCCUGAGGUGCCGCUUCUCGCCCUUGUCCGCUGCCGCGAUGCUGGUCCCGUCCGGGCGCCGCCUCCUCCGCCUCCGCGGCCUCCUCGCCCUCGCCGCCCGGCCCUACGCCGAGGCCGCCGCCGCCGCGUCCUCGCCGCAGAUGGCCUUCACCUUCGCCUCGCCCUCGCAGGUCUUCUAUAACGCGGCCCACGUGAAGCAGGUGGACGUCCCCACGCUCAGCGGGGCCUUCGGCAUCCUGGCCGCCCACGUCCCGACCCUGCAAGUCCUGCGGCCCGGCGUGGUUACCGUCUUUGCCGAGGACGGGGCCUCCACAAAGUACUUUGUCAGCAGCGGCUCCGUCACGGUGAACGCGGACUCCUCCGUCCAGCUCCUCGCAGAGGAAGUCGCGCUCUUGGAUCAGCUCGAUCUGGCGGCAGCCAAGUCCAACCUGGAGAAGGCCUUGUCGGAGAUGGCCGCCGCUUCUGACGAAUCCGCCAAGGCAGAGGCCCAGAUCCGCGUGGAGGCCAACGAAGCCCUGGUGAAGGCGCUGGAGUGAGGAGGGUGUGUCAACGUCUGUGUCUGUUCCAGGAAGUCCCGCCCCCGGCUGCAGGGAAAAUGGCCGCCACCAACUUCCUGUGCGCCCACCUGUACAGCUGACGUUCCUAAUUAAAGAAUUACAAAGAA